CGUAAACGCUGACUGUUCCGUGCUGGCCAGCCCAACAGAAAAAAAACCAACACGGACACAGACAAGACAAAAGCUGGUGCGUAAGGAGGCUCGUCAGGUGUUUGCGGGCGUGUGUAUCCCUUUUCUAGCGUUUAACGAUUAUCCCUUUCCUCGCUGUUUCAUGCUUUGAGUAGCAGAGAAGCAGCAAAUAAAUCCGUGGCUGUAGUUUCCGCUCUUUAUUCGACUUGUUUGACCGAGCGUAUUUCAUACGUUGCGUACCUGUAUGCGCGUGUGUGUAUGUGUGUGUGUGCUAGUGUUUAUUUGUGUACACCGGGAUAUCCCUUUUAAUUCGGUGCGGAAGUAACGAAAAAAAAAAACAUACCAAUCAUAACCGACACCGUACCGCACUCUCGUGUCACCCAAUCUGUGACGCGUCCCGCUUUGUUCAAUUACGGUGAAAGAGGUCAUCCUCCGCUCCGGGUGGAAAGCGCAGGGCGACAGAGAAAGAAGCGAAAACGUCAACUGGCUGCGGCGAUCUCGCUGCCUGCUAUGGUGACUGUGCAGUCCCGCUCGUGUGAGUGUGUGUGUAUGUGUGCAUUUAUGUGAACGCGUUAGGCAGAGUGUGAGCGAGAGUGGUUGGUAUCCAUUUUUGUUGCCAAUCUCUCAGGGCUGGUGGGCUGGUCGGUCACAGAAGGACAUCGGCUGUACUGUACAAUCCUUACACCGGCUGAAAAACACCACCUAGCCGCAAACAGGAAACAGGAAGCGUGUUAAUCGAACCCAUUUUCACCGGAAAACAUCGAACCGGACAGACACAUUCAAGCGUAUGCCAAGAGGCUCGUGGACACCUUCAGGCAGAGUCAUCAAUCGCGGCGACCGUACACGGGAAUCCCACUGCCUACUGCUAUGUUGCGGUCUACAAGAAGUGCUAUGUGAAUGUGUGCGUAUGUGUGUGAGUUUCUGAAUUGAAGAAGUGAAAAGUGAAAACAUCAAACACCCUUUGCCGAAGAAGACGGUCUCCCGCACACACUGACUCACACCUCCCAUUUCUUGCAUACUGUGUCCCUCCUCCCCUUUUCGCUUCUUCUACCUUGCUGUCGUCCGCUUACUCUUCCAUCUUUUCCUAUCGUUGUGUCCGGUUGGUAGCUGCUGCCUGCUACUGACAUACCUUCCCCAGCCGACCGGCACAUGUGCUGCCCCCGCCGUCUGUCUACCGCUAUUCCAAAUCCAGCGAAGCCUUUACAAUAAUAUCAUUCGGUGCGGGACACCGAAACAAUCGCAGCGCCAACACCGUCCCACUCUCCCCGGCGCACGUAGGCUUUUAUGCAGCAGAGCGCAUCGGGAAGGCGAAAAGCGAAAAUCGACCAACCCAAGGUCCAUAGCAGGCCUAGGCAGGGCGGUGUGAAAAAAAGGAAAACCCAACACCGAACGAACAACCACACAACCAAACAGUUGCAGCAGCCUCCGAUACUAACGCCAAGUGCGUUGGUUGCGAUCGCGAAAAUUUCAUCCUCCAAGGGCUGAGUGUACACAGCGUGUGUGUUGGUGUGUGUGUGUGUGUGUAUGUUCAUGCACAAUAUAUCGUUGCCGGUGUAGUUUACGAGUGAACUAAUCCCACAGGACGCAACCCAUUCAACAGCAAAUACCACCCGCGACGAACUCACGUAAUGGAUCUUCACACAUUAACAAAAUCUGAAGUGAGCGCAGUCGUCGAGUUCGACUACACGGCCAAGGAACCGGACGAGCUAACGCUCAAAAAGGGUGCCAUCAUUACCAACAUCAAAGUGCAGGAUGGAGGCUGGUGGGAAGGCACGCUGGUCGCUACCGGCCGUACCGGAGUUUUUCCGGACAAUUUCGUCCGCGUGCUAGAAUCGCAAGACAAGAGUCAAGUGGUCCUACGAGAUAAAAGUGCAACACAGAAUCGAAGGUGUAAAGUCAUUUACAGCUAUCAGGAGAACAAAGCCGACGAACUAACGUUAGCGGUGGGCGAUGUAGUAGAAUUUUUCGAGGAGGUCGAGGAAGGAUGGUGGCGCGGUAAGCUGAACGGACGGGUCGGCGUGUUUCCGUCCAACUUCGUCGAAAUGAUCGAAUCCGUAUCGCCCAAAUCGUCCAGCCGCAAGAGUGGCAACGUGGGCGGUGGUACGGGCGUUACGGCAAUCGAUGGUGGCGGGCUACCGGCGACGACCGGUUCGUUAGGUGCCAGCCUGUCCAAAACCAACAGCCUCAACAAGAGCCGCACGAGCUUGAACAGCUCGCGGGAGGAUCUGGACAGGCAUGAUGCACCGUCGCUGCCGCCGAAACCGGUACGGGAACUGUGCAAGGUACUGUUCGCUUACCAGCCCGCCAACGAGGACGAGCUGAAGCUGGUGGAGGGCGACAUCAUCACCAUCCUCUCGAAGGAGCUACCGGAUAAGGGCUGGUGGAAGGGCGAGCUGCGCGGACGGAUCGGCGUGUUUCCGGACAAUUUCGUUUCGCUGCUACCGCCGGAAGGUGGUAAAUCGUCCGCGCACAUAUCGGCAUCGGUCCGCUCGCUUGCCAGCAGCACGACCGGCUACAGCAGCGGUGGCGUUAGCCCUCAUCAUCCGGGCGUCGUUUCCCCGGUCAAGGAUCCGCUUCACAUUCCCAAACCGGACCGCCCGCCAACGGCCAGCAAGAUGCAAAUGUUUGGCAAGCAAACGUCCAACCCGUCCACCACCUCGGCGGCGGCCUACCGGAAGGAGAGCUUCGGCUCGAAGGAUUCGUUGAACGAAUCGACCGGCAGUGUCGGAAGCGUCGGCGGCGCGGGCUCGGUGACCGGUUCACCGACGUACAACAGCGUGGCGGCGCACCGGAAAUCGCUCGAAAGCAAGGGCACGGACGGUUCGGCCGUAUCGCCAGCCCCCACGGCAGGCGUCGUGACGGAGAAGCCGCCGCGCAAGAGCCUGGAAAACAAAGCGUCCGAGAUUCGCAAAAGUCUGGAAAAUCUGGACGACAAAAAGGCCACCCCGCCACCAGUGCUCGGUAAAAAGCCGCAGGUUCCCAUCAAAAAGUCACCCUCGAUCACGAGCGUCACCGGGAACCUGUUUUCGGGGCUGAAGCAAAAGGUGAAGGGUGGAGGAUCGCUGGAAAAGGACAAAACGACCGCAGGGGAUGAACGGGACGGCAUCGGUAGCAGCAAGGUGGUAAAGUCGGAGGUGGCGGACAAUGGCGACCGGUCGAUCGUGGGUGAACGGAUCGAUGUGGAGCUGGGACACGUUGAGCGUGGCACCUCGGUACUGAAGGACAUGCGGGCCAAUCGGGCGAAAGCGCCCAAACGGCGGCCACCCUCCUCACCAAGCAGUAUUAUUACCACCGAUCCGAAUGUGACGGCCAACGGUGGUAGCGUUUCCCUUAGCAAUGGCAAUUCUGGCCUAUUCAAUCAGCUGUCACUUUCAUUCGAGCCGGAAAGUCCGAAGCCGGACCUGAUGGUGUCGGCAGCACCGGCCCUAAACUCUUCGCUCGGUUCCGGAUCCACCGCAGCGACGGGCGACGCGGAGGAGGCAGUGCCCAAGGUGGCGAAACCUCGCGAGUGGGAAAAGAACAAGGUACCGUGGAUGGACGAGCUGAAGGCAAGUCAGGCGAAAAAGACGACCGCCUCGGAAAGCAAAUCGCCCGAACACCAUCAUCACGUGUCGUCCUCGCAACACAGCACGAGUAGCCACACUCAGGAGGAGACAAGCAUUUCCAAAUCAUUCCAUGCUAGCACCACCACUACCACCACGGGUGGGGCCGGCACUAUACCACCCGUCCCGUCGGGUCAUGCGGUCCGUGCCCGGCUAAUGGAACGAUCCGCCACGACGACGAGUGUCCCGUCGGAAAGCAAUCACGCCAGCAAUAGUACCAGCAAUAUCAACAGUUCCUUCGAUCUGAUUGCGUCGUGCAAUCGGAAGGACACAGUCACACCGUCCUCAGUCAGCAGUAGUGGCGGAGGUUCGCUGCAGCACCAGCAGCACCAUCAAUCCUUCGAGUCAUCGAACGUGAGCGCAAUGACUAAAUCGAUGUCUGCCCUGUCCACCACCACGACCAAGAUUGCCAUCUCCGCAUCGUCGACCGGUACGGUAUCGUCGACCACGGCGGUCACCGAAAACAACGGUACACAUGAACCGCCCUCACCAAACAGUCGCCCCGUCAGUGUGAACCUGCGGAGCACCAGCAUUUCGCCAACGCCCCAGAACCGUAAUGCCAAAACGAUUCACAUCGUCGGCACCAGCACCAACAGUACGGCGGGUAACAACAGUAAGCCAACAUCGUCCGCGCUGGGGGCAGGGACAGAAGCGACGAACGCUGUGCCCGCUCAUCCCGUCUCGAUGGACAACGUUUGCAGCCGGGUUCAGGAGCUGGAGCAGAAGGUGAACCGAAUGGAGCGACAGCUGGCGACACAGAACGGGCUUAUUGAAGAGCUGACGCGAAUGUUACGCGGUGAGUCGGAUAAGGUAAAAACGCUUCAGAAAGAGCUAGAAAAGUACGCGCAAUGCGUUACGCAGGUAUGAUAGACGGAGUAAUGCCGGUCGGGAGAGAGAGAACGUUGUGCGUGCUGCCCGGUUGCGUACUGACGGUACCGAUAGAGGUAGAGUAGUAGUAGGGAGACGAAAUAAGUGCUGCUGUUUUUCGAGUUUUUGGCACACUUGCGGGUUAGUUUUACGUUUUAUUCAUAUUUCCUAUUAAAGAAGCAGCAACGAGAACCGGCUGCCGAGAUACGUACUGAGGCAAAUUGCUGAAGAAUUAUCCACAUUUCUUUAGUCAGUUUAGCAACGAACGAAAGGAACGCGCUCGCGCGCGCGUGUGUUUGUGUGUACAGUGAUUGAAUAGUUACACUAAGGUACGCUUGGGAGCACGGAAGCCUCGACGGGCGAAAGGCGGAUUAGCGUUACGGAUAAGUGGCACAAAGCAACCGACCAACCACAUAAUUUACAUACGGUACACUAGGUAUCAUUGCCAUGAAGGAUAAGAUAAACGUACCCCCUCCGCGACGGACAAGUUCUUGGAAUGCAAUGGAGUCCGAAAUGAUAUGCGAAAGUGAUGUGUGUACGAUAGAAAAGCUAGGCAUUUCCAUUCGGUUCGAUCGCGAAACGCCCAAACGGCUGAGCGCGGUGUAGAAGGGGUGGAGGAGGAUUUAUUAUCAAUUAUUAAUUUACACUACAAGCUUCUUCUUUGGCUAGGGUUUAGGGUUGAAAGGGUUGACCCCAUGGUAGUAACGUGGACGCACAGAGAACGCGCGAAUAAUAACGUGUAAUAAUAGUGAAAUUAACGCUAGCUAAGGUAACAUUUCCUAUCGAUCAUUCCAAUCGCUUUUUUCUAGCAUCGGCGCUCUUAGAUACCAUGGAUAAAUGCCUAAAGUAUUGACAACUAGUAAUAAAGCAGGGACAUUAGUAGGCGGGCUAAACAUACGCAAAUUGGCGGGCCUCAAUUAGGAGCGCUGAAACGGGGGAAACGCUCGGAAUUGGAGAUAGUAUAAUAAAUAUGCAAUUGAAAACGGAAAGUAACACCUACAACACUAUGAAAUAUGGGACACGACCGACCGACCGAUUCUGAGGACCGUGGAAAAGAAUCAAUCCUACACCACACAAUGCUGGAACCAGAGCUGAGAUAUAAUUGCUGCGAGAUAGGAAGUGAGAGAGAGAGAGAGAGAGAAAAAGAGAGGGAAAACAAAACCCCCGAACCCGGAACGGAUUUGUUGAGGUGUGUGGCUUGCUUUUUAUAUACACUUAUAUUAUAUAUUUAGCUACCCGAUUUCUCCGCCAGACGUAAAACGUUAACCCUGUUCCCAGGUUUUUUUUUCGAUUUUUGUAACCCAUCAUCUAUAUAGUAGAUAAUGUGCAUUUUUGUCAUUUAACGCAUACACCUUUAGUAUAUCACCGUGUGUAAUGGAACCGGAAACCCGUUGUUUUGGCGGGUAAGGGCGCAUUAUUGUGUAGUAGCUAUAACUAUAAUUAUAUCGAUACAUUAGUGUACUUAAGUCCGCGGAAGAGAUGAUCACAUUAAAAUAUGAACAGCAAAAAGAUUUAACUACA